GUGAGGGCUGUGCUGGCUGCUGGAUCAUAACUGCAGAGGAGCGAGCAGCAUGCACGUGGAUCUCCCUUGUUGUCAGGCAGAACUCUUCAACGAGGUGGGCUCAGGGAGGGCUCUGUGCCUCCGCUCCGGUGAGCAAUAGCCAGAAGCCUUGAGAGGCAGAAGAGGCACUGAGCAAUCGAUCAGCAGCUGAUACUCCGGCUCUCAGGAGGCCAACGGGACUCUCUCACCCCGCUACAGGUGCAGGGGCCGUGAGACUCGACCCUGCCUGAGCCAUGCCAGCCAACCUCACAGAGGGCAGCUCACAUGCCAACCAGACUAUGCCGACACUAAACUCUUCCCCAGUAGCUUGCACUGAAAUUGUUACUUUCACUGAAGAGCUGGCAGCAGAGGAGGGGGGCUCCUUCUACUCCUCCUUCAAGACAGAGCAGCUGAUAACCCUGUGGGUCCUGUUUGUCUUCACCAUUGUGGGAAACUCUGUUGUGCUGUUCUCCACUUGGAGAAGGAAAAGAAAGUCCAGAAUGACCUUCUUUGUGACUCAAUUGGCCAUCACGGAUUCCUUCACAGGACUGAUCAACAUCCUGACAGAUAUUAUUUGGCGAUUCACUGGAGACUUCCUGGCCCCAGACCUGGUCUGCAGAGUCAUCCGCUAUUUACAGGUUGUCCUGCUCUAUGCCUCUACCUACGUCCUGGUGUCCCUCAGCAUAGACAGAUACCAUGCCAUCGUUUACCCCAUGAAGUUUCUUCAAGGAGAGAAGCAAGCCAAAGUCCUCAUUGGGAUAGCCUGGAGCCUCUCAUUCCUGUUCUCAAUCCCCACACUGAUCAUAUUUGGGAAAAGGACACUCUCCAAUGGUGAGGUGCAGUGCUGGGCGCUGUGGCCAGAUGACUCCUACUACCCAUACAUGACCAUCGUGGCCUUUCUGGUGUACUUCAUUCCACUGACCAUUAUCAGUGUCAUCUAUGGCCUUGUGAUCCGAACUAUUUGGAUUAAAAGCAAAGCCCAUGAGACAGUGAUUUCCAACUGCUCAGGUGGCAAACUGUGCAGCAGCUACAACCGAGGGCUCAUCUCCAAAGCAAAAAUCAAGGCCAUCAAGUACAGCAUCGUCAUUAUCCUCGCUUUCAUCUGCUGCUGGAGCCCAUACUUCCUCUUUGACAUGUUGGACAAUUUCAACCUCCUUCCAGACACCAAGGAACGUUUCUAUGCUUCUGUGAUCAUCCAGAACCUGCCAGCCCUGAAUAGCGCCAUCAACCCCCUCAUCUACUGCAUCUUCAGCAGCUCCAUCUGCUUCCCCUGCAAGGAGCAGAGGUCACAGGACUCCAGAAUGACAUACCGAGAGAGAAGCGAGAGGCAAGAGAUGCAGAUUCUCUCCAAGCCGGAAUUCAUCUAAACCCUGAAGCAACAGUGCUAAGCUGAGCUCAUUCAGUCCUCCUGGGUCUCCAUCACCAGUCGGUGGAUGUGCAUGAAGCUUGAGCCACCCUGUCCCAGUCCUGUGUCACCUAGCUGAUGCAUGCGGCAAACUUCCCAGUGAGGGCAUGCCAGCGGCAAUGCGAGCACUAGCCAACAUGAACCCAUCACCUCUUCAUGUCAGCCAGGGAAGACAGUUCUCUCUUCCUAAUUUUUCCCAGCCCUCCUUCCCACAGCUCAGCCUCUUGUGAGCUGAGGACGCAGACAAGCAGAAAGAGCUCGCAGGGCUCUCCCUGAGUUAUCUGAUUACAAGAUUGAAAGUAAAUACAAGACUUAACAAAGAGUAGACAGCUUCCCACCAGUUUUGUAUUGGACAUUUGGUGGGGGUAGAUGAGAUAUUUGCCCCUGAAAUGCCAAGAAAUUCAUUUCUAGACCCUGGUACUGUACACAUCCUCUGUGUGCAGGAAGAGGUGUGGGCAGGAACAAGCUCCCAAGGCCAUUGCAUUGUGAUUUCUGAAAGGGACAAUAUAGCUUCCUGCUGAGCAAGGUCACCAGGCAAAUUCUCUCCUAGCAGAAAGAUCACACCAAAUAGUGACAGAUCCUUGACUGUGAAUCGCAGAGAGAACUGAGACCUGGAACUCACAGCUCUUU